GUCACAUUUACUCCCCGAAACUCCCCGAAACCCCAAGAGAAAACCCCUUGAUACCUUAAGAGCAGUGUAUGGAAAUGAUUACUAUAUUUGCAGGUUUCAGGUCUCAAAACAUGGUUUAAGUACAAGUGAAAAAAAGAUGAUUUUUUGUUGGGGCAAAGCAUGGUUUGCAAAGUGGUUUUGUUGCUCAAGUGGAUUAUUGCAGGAGACUGGGAAUAUAGAAGCUGAGUUUGAGAAGAUUGGCACUGAAAGAGUCCUGAAGGAGUUCCUGACAUACCGCAAUCCUGGUCCACUUUAUCUACCUGAGGGUAAAGCCUUUGAUCGUCCAAUUCAAACUCCCUCAUGGCUAUCUCAAGAAGAAUGUGAUUACUAUGUUAGUAAAUAUGACAAGACUGGUUUCACAGGGGGGUUUAACUACUACAGAAAUUUGGAUCUAAAUUGGGAGCUCACAGCACCGUGGACUGGUGCUAAAGUUAAAGUUCCUGUUAAGUUUAUUGUGGGUGAUCUUGACCUGACCUAUAAUUCACCAGGAGCCAAGGAUUACAUUCACAAAGGUGGGUUGAAGAGAGAUGUGCCCCUUCUAGAGGAUGUAGUUGUAAUUCAAGGGGCGGGUCACUUCGUUCAUCAAGAAAGGCCUGAUGAGAUCACCAAACACAUCUACGAUUUCGUUAAGAAAUUCUAAUUUCAUGUUGUCAUGUUAGACACGUAUUCCUCUGUUCUUGCUUUGAUUCCGUCUUUUUCCUUCACUGCGUGCUUGAUCUGUAUUUUUCAAAGAUAACUCUUGCUGGGUGUAUUCUCAUGUAUGCUUGAGUUUAAAGAGAUAAAAAUAAAAGUUGAAAAUAGCAUACUCAAGAACAAACAAUGUUAGCAGAAUUCACCAUUAUCCACGUUAUAAAGCAGCACACCCACAUCAUCACACCCAACUUAUUGAAGCACCGAUUCGAAGACCAUAAAUAAAUUGAAAAACAAAAUACUGGGCCCAGUAUCUGUAGACUCUGAACUCCGAAGCCCAUAUAGCAACUUUUAUUGAGUCCCCCUGUUUCUCUUCUGCAAGAAACCUGCUGUAGAACUGAAGUGGCAUCGAAGGUUUAUGAAGAAUGUAUGGGGCUUGCUCUUUUCUCAACAUUGAACUGUACGUCCACAAGGCCUGUAAUACCAGCAGUAAUUAUUUGACCCUCUUUCACUGGUCCAACACCCGGUGGAGUGCCUGCAUAUAAUCAAAAUGUCUGUUAACUGAGCAAGGGCCUUAGAUUUCCCUAUUUAAUUUAUCUAUACUUGCAAAAUAAUUGUAUUUAAUCAGCUCA